UUUCACGGUUAAACGAUUUUCACAUUUUCAAAAAGCUUGCGGUGUGGAUUUUUAAUAUUUAUCGUAUCAGUGGCUGAAAAAUUCCGUUCAGUACAGUUACCAAACGUACGAACGAACGAACGGGAGAGAGAACGAACGAUGUUGUGUCGAUAUUUCCAGCAGGGAUAUUGCAGAUAUGGAAGCAGCUGUCGUUAUGUUCAUGACGAAGUUGGCAGUUAUCAAUCAAGUUCCAAGUACAACAACAACAAUUAUUAUUACGAAGGCCAAAAUUAUAACAACAAAUACCGCUACAAUCGCAACAACGACAGCAACAACUACGACAACAAAAAUAACCACUAUGAAGAAGGCCCCAACGAGAACGACUUGCUAUUCCAAGCCAUGGUGGAUGACAUGAUUGUAUGGAAUAACUCGAACAUCUGGCCCAUCUCGUGCUACGGGUUCGCUAAGCUAGUCAAAUGCCUUCCUGGUUUUGAAGAAUAUUCCUACGAAGAGAUUCGAUAUUUUUGCAUGGAGUCCAUGAAGAACAAUCAGAUGCCUUCUUAUUCGACAUGGUUGAAUGAAUUGAUCCAAAAGAACGUGAAUGCACGGAACCAACUGCUCAACCUCAGUGAGAUGCAGAAGAUUCAAAUGCAAAAAAUGAUAAGUGAGUACGUGAUGGAGAUGGAGAGGAAGGAGGAGGCAGACAGCAACAAAACCUUCCAGCAAACAAAAGUCUCGUUGGAUGCUGCCCAAACAAACCUAGCAACUCCAACUACUAACAUUUUCGCCACCAACGAUAAUAUUCUGCAACAAAAAAAGCCUAAUAUAUUUCAACAACACCAUCAACAACAACAACAGCCACUAAACAUCUUUGCACCACAACAACAUCAUCAGCCACAAAACAUUUUUGGACAGCUACAACAACAUCAACAGCAGCAGCAACAGCCGCCAAACAUCUUUGCGCAGCAACAACAUCAACCGCAUAACAUUUUUGGGCAACCACAACAGCAGCAACAUCAGCCACAAAACAUUUUUGGACAACAACAUCAGCAACAGGGCAUCUAUAUGCAACAACAACAGCAGCAGCCACAAUAUCAACAGCAGCCGCAUUUUCAGCGUAGUACAUUUGUUCCAAUUGUCGGCAACGUCAAAAACAGCUACGACGACUUAUUACUAAGAAAUGUUUUCGCAGGCAACAACAAUACGCCUUCCGCAAACAACAACGCCUAUGAUAUAGAUGAUAGUGUGUACAGUAAGCUGGAUGAACUGAUCGAACCCGAUGCAGCAGAGUUUCGGGCCGACAACUUCACCUACGUGCCCCUACUCCCACCUCCCAAGAUGUUCAUAUGAGGAUGACGCUGCUGAUGGUGAUGAUGGCGAUGAUGUUCAUGUGGUGAUGCUAAUGAUGAGGAUGUUUUUGAUGAUGAUGAUGAUGAUAGUGGUGGUGAUAAUGAUGGUGGUGGUGAUGAUGAUGAUGUGGCUCAACAUGCUUCUUCAUUAUUUUCAUCAUCAUUAUUUUUAAGUACUGUUGUUCGUACUGUUAAUAUUUAUUAUUAUUAUUUUAUUAUUUAUUAUUAGUGUUAUUUUAUUAUUUUUAUUUUUAAUAAUGUCAUUUUUUUUCAUUUUUUUUUAAUAUCACCGCAUAUUAUCAUCUUAUUAAUAUAAUUAAUUUAUUAACGGAAGAAAAAUUAUUUUCACCCUUUAAAGUAAGAGUUCAAAUGAUAAAAAGAAAGUGUCUGACAAAAAUGAAUUAUAUUGAAGUGUAUUUAAAAUGUUACGAUAAUAAUGAUAAUAAUAAUUUUAUUAUUAAUAUUAUACUAUAAUAAUAUUAUAAUAAUUUUAUUAUUAUUAAUAUUAUACUAUAAUAAUAUUAAUGAUAAUUAUUUUAUUAUUAAUAAUAUUAUAUUAUAAUAAUAUUAAUGAUAAUUAUUCUAUUAUAAUAAUAUUAUUCUUAUUGUUAUAUUAUUGUUAUUUUGUUGGUAAUGUUAUUAUAUAAUAAGUGUUACAUUAUUAUCACUGAUAUUGUUUAUUAUUAAUUAAUCUUUGAAGCCCCAAUGCCAAUGGUGAUAGUUAUUAUUAGAUUUUUAAUUAAAUUAAUUAAUUAAAUUGAUUAAUUAAUUUGAUUAAUUGAUUACCGUAUAUGUCCUGAAAAUGAGGCAGAUAUUAAUAUUCGGUGAUUUCUUGUU